AUGAAUAAAUUAUCACACAUUAUUCCUUAUUUAAUGGUGGAACAAUGUGGUGGUUCGAAAGUUGUUCAUUUAAAAGUUGUGGAUGUGUGUAAGUUCAGAUAUCAACAACAUUGCGAUUUUAACAAAGUGCCAAUGAAGUUAUUAAAUUAUUUAAUUGCUAUGCAUUUUGUAAGCUGUCAUUGCACAUUGGGAAUGGUAUAUGAUGUCUUUGGGAAAGUUGUUCCUUAA